CAUACGCAUUAAACAAAACGACAAAGAUGUCGACGUUUUUUUGGCAUGUCAAGCAAGAGAACAAAACAUAUUAAGUUAAAUUAAGCAAAAUUGAUUUUAGAUUUCCGAAUUUUUUUUUGCAAAAAGCUGUUGCCAUAUAAUAACGGCUUAUGCAUUUAAUCAGGCAUUCAAAGGUACGCUUUGGGCAAAAGCACAUACAAUUGAACAACACAGAACAAAACAAAACAAACCGAUUUAAUUGAGUGAGUGGCCACACAACGCACGGCAACAAUCGGCAUCGGUAUUAUCAGCACAUUUGAAAAAAAAACAAAAAAAAAAUUGUACGGCGUUUGUUUGUUUGGCGCGCACAGCGACAACAUAUUAAAUGGUUAAAUGGUUGGUAGUCACGGAUUCAUAAUGGAAACAACCGGCGAUAAACUGGCAAAAAGUAAUAGUCAACAAUCGGAUUUGUACAAUUACAAUUUGGAUCAUGUAUAUUGUUCGGAUAAUUCACGGUAUCGCAGUGUAGGCACAACACAUUUAAAUUUAGCGGCAGCCGCCAAUGAUUUAAAAUCAUUACGCAAAGAGAAUAAACAAUUGCAAGCAAUGUUGCUGCUGCAUCUUGAUUUGAUUCAAGAGCAAAGCAAUCAGCUCAUAGCCAAAGAUAAACAAUUGUUACAGUUGAGAGAGGAGAAUGCACAAUUGCGACUGAAAUGUGAACGAACAGUGACAACGCCAAAUGAACGACGACAAAAUAACAAUCGGUAUCAUACGACAGCAACGACAACCGGUGGCGGUGGCCAUUCAAGUGGAAAAGUGUUAAAUACAAGUGGCGGUAGUCCAACAAUUGAUUCAUAUUUUACCGCUGUAACAACAACAGAAUCAAAAGUGUCAAUGCGUUCAACGCACCCAAGUGAAAUGACAUUGAGCGCCAAAAAUAAAUCACAAAAUAUCAUCACAACAAAUCAAAUGUAUCCAUUGAAUAGCAGCAAUGAUAGCAUCGGUUUAACCGAUGAAAAUCAUGCAAUUAACGAAAUUCGCAACAAUCAAACAACGAUUCCGAUCAAAAUUGAAAUGAACACAACAACAACAAAAUCACCAACUGACGAAAUAAAAAUGCAUCCGCAUGCCCUUAGUGAAAUUGUCAAACAUAAUCGAUUGAAAGCCAUGACACCGACCACAAAUCAUACAAUUCAUAAUAAAUCACAUCCAACCAUUAAAUAUCGAGCCAUUGAAAAUAAUAUAAUUGGCAACAACAAUGGCAAACUCAUCAGUAAAAUAAUAUUGCAACGAAAAAAAUCGGAAAAUGGUGAAAAAAUAUUUGUGCGUACCAAAAAUAUUGAUAUAGGCAACAAUAAAGUGAACUAUGAAAAAUGGAGCCCAUUACGAACGAUAAAAAGUGAAGUGGUACAAAAUGAAAUUGAGCCAAUAAUUUUUGAGCCAACGACAAUGACGACGACACCGACAACAACAAUGAAAACAACAACACCAUCACCAAAUUUAACACAAAUGAUUGACGACGACAUGAGCUCGGAUGCAAUCGAAACAAAUUAUGUAGCACCAUUAUCAGUUGAUGCUGAUAAUGAUGAUGACGAUGAUGAGGAUAUGAGUUCGCCACCAUCUGUCCAAACAACAUUCGAUCAUCAUUCAGAUUUAUCGAUCGAUUGUCAAAUUAAUACCACCAUUAAAGUUGAACAAGAAGAGAUGCAUGUGGAAGAAGAAGAAGUGGACGACAAUGAGAAUGAUGAUGACGACGACGACGACGAGGACGAUAACGAUAUGCACCAUUCACCAGUAUACGAUCCAAAUAGUGCAAUAGAAGAUUCACAAGACACAUCAAAUGUUGAAUCACCGCUGACGAAUGAAUCAAUACCGCCACCAUCAAUGAUGGUAUCAAGUCCCAUUGCAUCAACCGUAUCAACGUGUGAUUUCAAUCAAAGUGAAUCGUAUGCAGGAAGUUGUUUGGACAGUAAUUCAAUGACAACAGCAUCAACAACGACACCAAUGGUAACAAUGUCAGCGAUACCAGCAAUAGCAUUAUCAACGACCGAUCCAACAACAGAAAUGAAUCGAUCGACAAUUCUUUAUCCAUCAUCAAGGCGACACAUAACACGAAACACCUUUUUAACAACAAAAAAACCAUACAAAAUACGUGAAUGGCAAUUGGACGAAAUUGAAGCCGAAUUGAAACAAGAAAUUACCGAUGAAAUUUGUCCAAAUGAAAACGAUAGUAAUUUAGAAUUGCCAAAAUGGCGAACAUGGGAAAUGAGUAGUAACCGUGAGGCGCCGGUCACAGCACGUGAAUGGGAAGAUUUAAAUGAUGAUGUAUUUGCACGGCGACAUGCUCGUUUCUUAUUGGACGAACGAAAACGUAAAAAAUGGGAUGUACAGAGAAUACGCGAACAGAGAACAAUUGAACGACUGAAACGUCGACAUUGCAAAGAUGAACUAAAUCAACAAAAUAAUUUCAAUGAAAUUUUCACAUUUUUUCCAACGAUCGAUCAAUUAAAAAGCAUCAGUAUCACCGAUGAUCUGCCGGUGACGGCAUUUGGUGAAUCAAUUCCAAUGCUUCAGCCGACUGAAUUUGCGUUGCCUUGGCGAAUUCAUCAGUACAAUACGAUUGAUUCAUCAUUUUUAUUGGCCGCAUCAUCCAUUGCCAACGAUCCAAUUCCGAAAAGUGAACAACUCAGUGCUCCCAUAUUUCAUUCACGAUCCAACAGUAAUUGUAGCAGUGUAGCAAGUUUUGCAACCGUGGCCACGACGACGAUAACAACGUCAACAAUGACACCGUCAUCCAUUGUAUUUUUGGCAAAGAAACGAGCCGGCCGCACGAGAAUAUUCAUCUCACAUACAAAUCAACAUUCAAACUCAAAAGCAAAUACAUGAAAAUGCAUUUUGUGUCCUGUACAGUUUAAGCAUCAUCCGCAUCAAAUGUAAAAUCUCUCGCCCGGAAAUAAAAACAACAACAACAUAGCAUGCGUCCGGUUCAAUUCAAAACAAAAGCAAAAUGUCGAGAAAAAAAAAAAACGAAUGCACUGAGCGAGCCAGAUAAAACACAAAAGCCUUUUCGUAAUGCAUAAUUUAUAUAAAUGGGUUUUUUAGUCAAUUUAUAACAUAAUUCCAUUACUCAUUUUUAAUGUUUUUCUCCUUUUUUCUACGAAAACAAACAGAACAUCAUCUCAGCCAUCAUUAAAUUCAUAAAGUCACGAAAAAUA